UUGGUGCAUUCUCUAUCAUUCAUUCUCCCUGGAAUUUUGUGAGAUACUAAGUUGCUUUAUGGGAAAAGGCUGCGCCAAUUUAGUCUGGAAUUGCCCUACUUUAGACUUUUUCUGGUUAUCAAUCUGUACAAAGAAUCACCAAACUGAUACAGCGUGGACCAAAGUGAUAAAUCAGGCUGCCGAGACAUUGUGUAAUUCGAUCGAAAAAGAAACGGACAACCUCUCAAGCACAUCGGGUAUUUGACAAAGGAUUUUACGACACAGUGAGAGAUGAAUUUCAACCAAAAAAAAAAAAAGUUGUGACUGAAGAACACCAUGGGAAGAUGGGAGAUAUUUGUACUCAGACUGUAGGCUUUCACCUGAUCUGUUUCUCUGAGACAAAACUCAGUUCCAUACCUCAGUGAGCUGCUACCAUGUACCAGAUGAUAUCCUCAGUGUUGGGCAAAAAAAAGAGGAUAAUGUAUAUAAAAAUAUGCAAGAAUCAGAGGAAACUCACAUAUCCAACCACCUGGAUGAAAUUGUUGCUGCCGUCAGCAUAACACCUAGAAAAAUGCUCCAAAACAAGCUGCCUCAGACAGCACUGUUUCAGCCUCCUCGCGAGAAACUCCACCUCUGUGAAGAGAAAGCAAAGUCCUAUUCUAGCAGUCAUGAGUAUAAACAGGCUCUCCAGGAGCUUGUGCGCUGUGUGGCGCUGACAAGGAUCUGCUAUGGUGACUCACACUGGAAACUGGCCGAGGCGCAUGUUAACCUGGCUCAGGGUUACCUCCGGCUGAAAGGACUGUCACUGCAAGCAAAACAACAUGCAGAAAAAGCCAAAGAAAUCCUCACCAACUUCAUUGUGCAUCCCUACAAUGACAAUACAGAUGUUUUCAAAUGUUCGGUUGAGUUAUUCCAUACCAUGGGGAAAACCUUACUCUCCCUUCAAAAGUUUAAGGAAGCUUCAGAGAAUUUGACAAAAGCAGAGAGACUUUCAAAGGAGCUGCUGCAAUGUGGAAGGAUUAUAAAGGAAGAAUGGAUAGAAAUUCAAACGCAGAUCAAAUUGUCAUUUGCACGGGUAUAUCAAGGUCAGAAGAAAUCAAAAGAAGCUCUGCCCCACUACCAAGAGGCUUUAGAAUAUAUUGAGAUCAGUAAAGGUGAAAAAAGUCUUGAGUGCGUACCAACAUUGAGGGAAUUGGCAGGUGUAGAACAAGCCCUGGGAUUUCACGACGCAUCCAUCAACCACCUUUUACAGGCGCAUCUCAUCGUCCUGAGCAGAAACCCCUCUCAAGAGGAGGCAGCCGUGUCCGCACACUCCAUCGCCUGUGCUGCUGUCACUUCUGGGAGGCCUGAGCACCAUGAUGUGGCUGAGCAGUAUUUUCAAGAUAGCAUGGCUAAUCUUAAGGAUGCUGAAGGGAUAGGAAAAGCCAAAUUUCUUUCAAUUCAAGAUGAUUAUUGCCAUUUUCUACAAGUCACUGGACAAAAAGAGAGAGCUACCUCCAUCCUGAGGGAGUCCCUGGAGGCCAAAGUGACAGUGUAUGGCGAUCUCAGUCCUGAGGUGGCAGAGACAUACCGGCUCCUGGGCGGGGCUGACCUGGCACAGGGGAACAAGAGCGGGGCCCACAAGAAACUGAAGAAGUGUCUUCAGAUCCAGACCCUCUUAUAUGGACCACAGGACAAGAGGACUCUGGCCACCCAGCAGACCAUGGAUGUCCUGUCCAAGGCCCCCGAGAAGGCCGUGAAGCCUCGGCAGCCCCCAAGAGCCAAGGCGGCCUUCUGCACCUGUGGGCCGCAACACACCGCGCUGGGGAAGGCCAGGCCCAACGCAGCCGACUGAGCCCACCCCCACCAAAAGCUCUGCUCAUGCCUGGGUGCUGACACUUAGGGUGCUCUAUAAAUCUCUCUCCAGCCAGAAGGUGGCCUUCAACAGUCAUUGGCAGAUUUUCUAGGCUGUUUGCUCCAAAUGCAACAGCGGUCCCAUAAACUUCCCAUGGGCCACCUUUUGACAGUGGAUGCCCUUCCCGGUGAUUUGGCGCUGCUAUAAAGCAUUUUUCUUUUUACCACCUUAGUGGUUUUUCUUGCCAGCAAGAAUUUUUACCCAUCAGCACUACUGUGGCUGAAAGGCUUCUCUUCAAAAGUUCGAAACUUCCUGUGUAGGAAAGUAGACUCAACAUCUGAUCGCACACACACACACACACACACACGGUGU